GCUUGAUGCAGUGUGACAGCCAAAGUGUUGGGUAGAGUUUCACAUUCUAUAUAUAAGCCUGGUGACUUGUGUCCCUGCUGCUCUGUUUAAAUGCCAGAGUCACACUGUCAAAACACAGAGAGAGGGGCGCAACAAUAUGAUGGACCUUUUUGAGACCAACCCUUAUCUUUUCAAUGAUCUGCGCUAUCUGGAAGAAGGGGAUCAUGGACCACUGCAGCACCUGGACAUGUCCGGGGUGUCUCCUCUGUACAACGGCAACGACAGCCCGCUGUCACCGGGCCAGGAUAAUGUUCCGUCCGAGACCGGGGGGGAGAGCAGCGGGGAGGAGCACGUCCUCGCGCCGCCGGGUCUCCGGGCGCACUGCGACGGCCAGUGCCUCAUGUGGGCCUGCAAGAUCUGCAAGAGGAAGUCGGCGCCCACGGACAGACGCAAGGCCGCCACGCUCAGGGAGAGGAGGAGGCUCAAGAAGAUUAACGAGGCCUUCGACGCGCUGAAGAGGAAGACCGUGGCCAACCCCAACCAGAGGCUACCCAAGGUGGAGAUUUUACGCAGCGCCAUCAGCUACAUAGAGAGGUUACAGGACCUGCUGCAGACGCUGGACGAGCAGGAGAAAAACGGAUCAUGCCACAACUUAAAAGAACAAAGUGUGGCCAGUCAUGAGUACCACUGGAAAAAGUCCUCAGAGAGCUGGCCGACCUCUGCCGACCAUUCCACUGCAGCAAUGACAAACCAGAGAGAAGGAACCAGUGAGUCCUCUGCGUCCACCAGCCUCCUGCGUCUCUCCUCCAUCGUGGACAGCAUCACCACCGAAGACAAAGUCAACUUCAGCGAAGACGUCUCCGAAAACUGAAACAUUAGCGAAGACCUCAACUGGACGACAAAUUUUCAAAUUUCCAUGAUUUAUCCCUAAAUUAUUUCCACUAUAUUCAGCCAUUCUGGCUUCUGUUUGUUAUGCAGCCUUCAUUUGUACAUCAGAAGCAACUAAUUUGUACAUAUUUUAUAAUAAUGUGAUGUUUAGAUUUAUUUAUUUUGUAUUCAGGAGCAGAUAAACUCUUUUGAGAAAGCUGAUAUUGUAUUUAAAUAUUUGUACAUAACUGACCAAGGCGGUAAAUAAAACUUUUGCAAUACUCUGAA